UUUUGAGAACUGCUCUGUGUACAGAGUGAAAAGACUCAAGCGAGCCCUUGUCUGCUACAGAGGAAUAACAGCAAACACAGACUACUGAUUAAAGGGCUCGGGUGUAAAGAUGACGGAGUCAGAAACCUACACCGUAAUCGUGGCAACUGGGACAUCUGAGUAUUCAGGCACCAACAACUACAUCUAUGUGACUCUGGUGGGGGAGCAGGGGGAGAGUGAGCGCACCCUGCUGGACAACCCUGGCCUAGACUUCUGUAGAGGCGCUGUAGACGAAUACAAAGUGAACAGUCCCUCCCCGUUAGGCCACCUACUGCUGGUGCGAUUGGAAAAGCAGAGGUACUGGGUGGAAGACAACUGGUUCUGUCGCUAUGUCACUGUGGAGGACCCUCAAGGACACAAAGCCACGUUCCCCUGUUACCGCUGGCUGGUCGGAGACACAAGAGUGGAGAUCAGAGAAGGAGCUGCUAAAACAUUAAAAGACGAAUUCCUACCUGAACUAUUGGCCCAUAGAAAGGCUGAGCUAAAAGAGAGGCAAAAAACAUACAGAUGGUUAAGCUGGGCUCCAGGUAUUCCUCACUGUAUUGAUGCUCAAACUGAAGCAGACCUACCUCAAGAUGCACGCUUCGACAAUGAGAAGAGAAGUGAUUUUGAAUAUUCCCUACAAUAUGCAUUGAUGGAGUUGUCCUUGAAGAAACUUGCCAUCAGGUUUGGAAAGUCCUGGAAUGACCUGGAAGAUUUCAGACGCAUAUUCUGGAAGUUGAAAAGUCCCAUAGCUGAGUAUUGUAUGGAGCACUGGAAAGAGGACUGGUUCUUUGGAUACCAGUGUCUAAAUGGCUGUAACCCGAGGAUGAUCCAACAGUGCACAAAGCUUCCAGAAAAGUUCCCAUUGACAGCCGACAUGGUUCAGAGCUCGCUGUGCCACAAAACCAACCUGGACAAAGAGUUAAAGGCAGGAAACAUCUUUCUUUUGGACUACAGUAUCAUGGAGGGGCUUCCUGCCAAUGUUAUCAAGGAUAAACCUCAGUACAUAGCUGCUCCCCUCUGUCUCCUAUACCAACAUCCAGACGAUGGGCUCAUUCCUAUUGCGAUCCAGCUGGGACAGGCUCCAGGGGAGGACAUGCCCAUUUUCCUCCCCAAAGACCCUCCCCUGGCCUGGUUACUAGCAAAGGCCUGGGUGCGACACUCUGAGUUCCAAAUCUUCCAGCUUCUGUCUCACCUUCUCCGCACACAUCUGGUAGCUGAGGUGUUUUGUGUGGCCACUCUGAGACAGCUCCCUGCAGUGCACCCAAUUUACAAGCUCCUGGCUCCUCACCUGCGCUAUACUUUGGAGAUUAACUGUAGGGGGCGCACACAACUGAUCUCCUCCAAUGGCAUCUUUAAACGGGUUGUGUCCACGGGCGGAGAGGCUCUGCUGAUACUGGCUCAAAGGGAGUAUAAGGAGCUGACGUACCGCUCACUGCAUCCUCACCAUGACUUCAAUGACAGAGGCGUGACUCGAAUUCCCAAAUACUUCUACAGGGAUCAUGUGCUGCUGCUGUGGGAUACCAUACACAAUUUUGUUUCAGCAAUAGUUAAUGUGUACUACAAAUCAGACUGUAAUGUUGAGGAGGACCACGAGCUGCAAGCAUGGAUCAGAGAAGUCACAGAGGAGGGCUUUGCAGAGCUGCCCGAUUUCGGUUUGCCCAGUUCACUCAAAUGUCGAGAGGAGUUGUCAACAUUACUUGCAGUGAUGAUCCUCACGUGCACAGCUCAGCACGCAGCUACCAACAAUGGACAAUUUGAUUGGUGUGCAUGGGUCCCCAACACACCCUGCACCAUGAGGCUACCGCCUCCCACAGACAAGGAUACUGUUACCAUGGAUACCAUCAUGUCUACCUUACCAGAUGUCAGUCAGUCUUGUGUGCAGAUGGCUAUCACGUGGCACUUAGGCCGAGCACAGCCAGAUGCUGUACCACUGGGCUUCUACACAGAGGAGCACUUCACUGAGAAGGAGGCACAAGAUUUGAUUAAAACAUUCAGGAAGGACUUAAAAGAAGUGGAGGAGCAGAUCUUAAGCGAGAAUGAUGGACUAGAGCUGCAGUAUUUGGUUCUCCUGCCCAGUCGAGUCGAAAACAGUAUCACAAUAUGAAAAAAAUUAGAUCCAUCUCUGUUUAAAAUGUUAUCUAUAUUUUUCUUUGUUUACAGAAAAUCAUUUGUGCUAUUGAUUUUAAUAUUACUGUGAACUGUAUUGUCAUCUUUUUGUUGUUGUUGAUUCUCCUUUAUGUAAAGCUUGUAAAAAGCUUCUAAGGGUUAUUUGGUCCAUCAAAGGGUUUGUCUUACAAUAAAUAAAUAAUAAUAAAUUACUGACUACAGUAAUUACAGAAACAAC